AUGAGGCAAAGGGCUUGGGAAGGGAAAACCAGGCCAUUUGCAGAAGCCCAAGUAACCAAGCGCCUUGGCGAGCAGACCUUAAAUUCACUGCGAGAAACAUCAUCCUCGUCUGCUCCUACAACCAGCUCAACGGACCCUCCUACGUCUAUGACUCCUUCGACUGCACCCACUCCACCUGAACGACCCGAGGUGAGAGAAAAGCUCAGAGCACAGACGUUUGAAACGCCCGUGAAGACACAAGUGAGGCUCGUACAAGAUUUCGCCGAGGCGGAAAAAGACAACACGCAAAAUAGUCGUGGACUCGAUAUUUUCUGGCGGAUAAUGAAUGACUGGAACACGCUUGAUCGAAAUUUGGUCGACGCUCUGCAAACAUGGUGGUGUAAACUAACAGUGGACGAAGAGCAAUCGAUUGAAGGGAAAUCACUGCUGGUGACCGUAUUUCCCAAUGGUGUGUCCAACUGCCUGCACCAUUUGGCUGGAAACCUGCUUUACAAACAUGGGAAAAAGUCCAGAAACUGGAUGAGACGACUGUAUUUUUUGAGGAAAUUUAAGAGAAAUUUAAGGAACUGCAUGAUGCUAAAUACGUGGAGGCACUACCGUCAUGUUGUUGCGAUGAAUGGGAAUCUCCAACAAAAUAAAUAGCAAUUUUUGCAAUUUUCGCUUAUUACUAUAAUAAAUGUAGGUAUUGUGAUCAGUUUAAACAGUUAUAAUAAUAUGUAAACAUCCUCUGCAAGAGGUCUACAGGAGGAAAGUUGAGAAAAGGAAGAGAAGAGACAGGGGACUAGUGUGUUAUCAUGACAACUGCAACAACAUAAGAGGCUCUAUGCCAUAUAGCCAUGACUGAACACUUUCCGGAAAGGUGUAUUGCAAUUGGCUGUGUUCAUGUCAAAAUAGUAAAUAAGAUAUAUUUAUUGCAUGUGAAAUGGCCAGAUUUUACCAAAUAAGGUCUGAGAAUGGAUUAAAUUCGAUACGCAUUUUUCAACACAAAUUUAACAAAUCCUGCGGUAUAUUUAGUUGUCUACACAAUUAUCAAGUUUCUUUCAAAACAUAAUGCAUUUUUUUACAAAAAAAUAGUGAUUUAAUUCAAAUGAACCAGUACGGCAUCCUAGUAAACUAUAUAUUUCGAAAACAUUCCAGGUACCAUGGUAGUAUUGAAACCAAGAAUCACGAGGAAUUCCCCGACGACCCCGUACAAAUGAAGGACAGGCCGCGUGUCACUGCGGUAGCACAGAGGUGA